GGCGCGCGCGUGGCUGCCGGUGCGGGCGCCCUAGCCGGCGGUGAUCGCGGGAUUUCUGACCCGGGAGAUGAGGGUCAGCAUCGUUCAGGAAUGGUGAAGCGUGUACCACAGCUGCGUGAGUGUCAGUGAUGGUGCCCCCCGAGCAGCUGCCGGGGCAGGAACAGUGACCCCAGGAGUGCCAGGCCAGAGCCGGGAGCCAGGAUGCGGAGAUGAUGCAUCUGGAGGCUCUGGCCUCCUUCCCGCCUGGGUGCUAGGAGCCGUCCCCGGGCUCCAGGCCGGAGCCCCGCUGCCCAGGGGCAUGGCCAAACCUUUCUUCCGACUCCAGAAGUUUCUCCGCAGAACACAGUUCCUACUGUUCUUCCUCACGGCUGCCUACUUGAUGACAGGCAGCCUGCUGCUGCUGCAGCGGGCCCGAGUGGCCCUCCCGCCCGGCCCACGGGCACCCGGCCCCCUGCAGGCCUUACCUGUGGCCGCCAUGGCGCUGGGGGUGGGCCUUCUGGACAGCAGAGCCCUGCACAACCCCCAUGUCAGCCCAGAGCUCCUGCUUGGCGUGGACAUGCUGCGGAGUCCCCUGACCCGGACCCGGUCUGGGCCCCGCUGGCUCCGGAGCCGCAACUCGGAGCUACGUCAGCUGCGGCGUCACUGGUUCCACCACUUCACUGGUGAUCCCCAGGGACCACCCGCCCUGGGCCCAGAGGCCCCCAGGACAGCCGCCAGCAGCCGAGGCACCUACGUGGGCUGCUUCAGUGACAAUGGCCAGGAGAGGACUCUGAGAGCGACUGUUUUUUAUGACCUGAGAAAGAUGACCGUCUCCCACUGCCUGGAUGCCUGUGCUGAGCGGUCCUACCUCUAUGCUGGCUUGGAGGCCGGUGCUGAGUGCUUCUGCGGGAACCGGCUCCCGGUGAUGAGCGUCGGGCCACAGGAGUGUAACCAGGACUGCAAAGGGGAGAAGGGCUCCUUGUGUGGGGGCGUGAGCCGGCUCUCUGUGUACCGCGUGGAGGAGCUGCAGCCCGGCUCCAGGCAGCGGAGGACCGUCACAUACCGCGGGUGCUUCAGGCUGCCAGAGAACACCACACACACCUUCCCCGAUGCCCUGCUACAGGCCAACGUGACAGCGGAGAUGUGUUCCGGGUUUUGUUCCCAGAAGGAGUUCCCCUUGGCCAUCCUUAGGGGCUGGGAGUGCUACUGUGCUUACCCCACCCCCCAGUUCAAUGUGCAGGAUGCCGUGGAUGGCUCGCUGUGCAGCCAGGAGCCAGAGGCACAGAGGCUGGCAGAGUACUGUGAGGUCUACCAGACGCCUGUGCAAGAUACCCGGUGCAUAGACAGGAGGUUUCUGCCCACCAAAUCCAAAGUGUUUGUGGCACUAUCGAGCUUCCCAGGAGCCGGGAACACCUGGGCGCGCCACCUCAUCGAGCACGCCACCGGCUUCUACACCGGGAGCUACUACUUUGAUGGGACACUCUACAACAAAGGGUUUAAGGGCGAGAAGGACCACUGGCGGAGCCGCCGCACCAUCUGUGUGAAGACCCACGAGAGUGGCAGGAAGGAGAUCGAGAUGUUCGACUCCGCCAUCCUGCUCAUCCGGAACCCCUACAGAUCCCUGGUGGCCGAGUUCAACAGGAAGUGCGCGGGACACCUGGGCUAUGCAGCUGACCGCAACUGGAAGAGCAAAGAGUGGCCGGACUUCGUCAACAGCUACGCGUCCUGGUGGUCCUCGCACGUGCUGGACUGGCUCAAGUACGGGAAGCGGCUGCUGGUGGUGCACUACGAGGAGCUGCGGCACAGCCUGGUGCCCACGCUGCGGGAGAUGGCCGCCUUCCUCAACGUCUCCGUGAGCGAGGAGCGGCUGCUGUGCGUGGAGAACAACAAGGAGGGCAGCUUCCGGCGGCGCGGCCGGCACCCGCGCGGCCCCGAGCCCUUCACCCCGGAGAUGAAGGACUUGAUCAAUGGCUACAUCCGGACAGUGGACAAGGCCCUGCGUGACCACAACGGGGCCGGGCUGCCCAGGGAGUACGUGCCCAGAUGAUAGGCCCCGGCCGUCUGCCCGCCCACUGAGAGCAGGGCGCCCCACCGGGCGGUGCCCACACUCAGGCGGAGCUGGCGGCCACACCUGGGCUGGACACGGGGCUCGUGUGGCCAACAGGGAGGCCUGCUAGGGGCCGCCUCCCUCCUCACUCCCGGGAGACCCAGACACCAGCCAUCGGUCCACCCGGGCCACACAGGACAGACUACCACGAGCGCCCACAGACGCUCACGCCCAGGCCGGCAGAGGCCAUCGCACGUGGACGCGGGCACGCAAUGCCUGGUGGGUGCCCCGCCUGGCGCUCACAGGCGCGCGCGCACCCCGGGCCCACGGAAGCCUGCUUUCCUGUCUGCAGCCGCUACCGCUUGCUUGUGAGGUCCUUGACUGCAGAGAAUGGGCUGGGCGGCUUCGGCACUGUGAGGGGCAGGAUGGCAGUGUGGGAGGGCUCACUGUCGCUGCUGCUGGGCCCUGCAGCCCAGUCAGGUGUCUUGACACGUCAUAAACACCUGUGGUGUGAACACCGGCACCACUCACUGCAGCCCUGGCCCACUUCUUUGCUGAUAGACUGAUGGCACUGAGGGUACCGUGUCCCCCAUGAACAUACCACCCUCAGGACCUGCCACAGUUCUGUGAACCCCUGGUUACUCUUUCCAACACGUGUGCUCCUUGGAGUGGGGCUCCCUCGCCUGGCUUCUUCUGUCCCCAGGGAAGAUGGGGAUUCGCAACAUGCCCCAGAUCAGGGUGUGGGGGACAGAAGACAGGGUGCCUGAGACCUGAGGGGUACAUAUGCCAGCAGGAGUGGGCUUGGGGAGGGUGUGGAGGGCCCAGGAGGAAUGGGGCUUGGGGAUCGCUGUGGCUCCUUACACCACCCAUAUCUACAGGACCUUGUUCCCUGUGGGUCCUGCUCUGGGGUCAUGAGGAAGGGGUACUGCAUGGCCCAUUAAUGUGGCCCUUGAA